CAACCGAAAAUGGAGCUGACGCUGGAGCAAUUGGCACGCAUCGCGCUGGGCGUGCCGGAGAUGAAUAAUGUGAAUGUGGCCGUGCUGCACAGCCUGCUGGAUGCGCUAAUGAAGAAGCUGGCCUGCCAGCAGGAUCUGGUCACAAUUGGGGGCUUUGAGGGCAAGUGCUUGGAGCGUUUGCUGGAACGUUCAAAGAUCUCGCCGUUGCCCUUCGAUGUGGCCACAAUUGUGCCCAUCUCAACGGAGCUGGACAAGGUGGAGGCCAUGGAGGGGCGUCUGGCCAUGCUCGAAAAGAAAAUGAAUGCGCAUUUCCAGCAGAUACGCGUCUGCAACAAGGUCAACUCGAAGAAGUAUCACAAACAGUUGUGGGAACAGUAUGCAUCGCCGUGCGAGGAUCUGUGCACCGUUUGCGAUGAGGACAACAAGAUUGCGUGCAGCCUGCUCCAGAAUAUGGACUUCAUGAAGAAGCUGCUGCGACGCAUCGCCUCGCCCAUGCUCGAUAUGGUCGAACAAAUUCAAAAGGAUCUUAACAAAUUCUACGAAACUCUGCGGGAGUUUUUGCGCAAAACCGAGGAGCUUUUCGAACGGCUCGAACUGGUCAAACAGUGCGUCAUCGAGAUUGAGAAUCUGCGCGAACUGGUCAAGGAAUACAAUCUGACCUUCAUUGGCACCAUGGAGGAGCUGCAGGAUAUGCUGGACAGCAAGCUGGACAAAGUGCAUAUGCCGGCGCUCAAGAAAUACAUACGCGAUCGUUUCGACAAUAUCGAUCAGCGCCUGUCCAAAAUCGAGGACAAGGACUCGUGCCCGCGUGCCGCCGGCUUCAUCAACACGGGCAUCCGUUGCAUCUCCUGCGGCAAUCAGCGCAUCGGCGUCGAUGUCGGUCCGCUCACCAUCGGACCUCUGCCCGAUGCCGCUGGCAGCAAAAAGAGUAACAUCAGUCCCGCCAGCUGUCAGAAGACGUUCGUCUAUCGCACCAUGGACAAGGAGCCCACGCUGAUGGUGCGUGUCCAGAAUUUGGAUCUGAAUGUGAUUGCCCAGCGUCUGAAUCGCACCAACAACGGCAAGGUAUGCAAACUGCCCGAGGCCAAUGACACCAUCUACGGAGUUCGCAACUCUGUCUAUUCCAGCUAGAUACACGCGACACUCGAUUGCUUUCCCCCCCCUCUUACACUGUUUACGUUCACUCAAAAUCGUUACGUUUAAUAAAAGUGCCAACUCUCUCGACGA